AUGCAGAAAGAGAAUUUUCCAAAGCAAAAGAAGAAGAAGAAGAAGAAGAAGAAGAAGAAGAACUUUCAGCUGAAAAUCUGUUUCGCAUUGUUCCUGACUCAUAACUACCAGCAUAUCCUGGCCUUGGACUUUGCUGUAAAGGAAAUCAAUGAAAACCCUCAGAUCUUACCCAUCAUCACUCUUGGCUUUGACAUCUACAACAGCCAUUUCACUGCAAGUUGGACCUAUAUUGCCUCAAUGGAACUUCUCUCCACACAGAACAGAUUCAUCCCCAACUACAAGUGCGAUGCCCAGAGCAAUCCAGUUGCAGUCAUCACAGGACCAAACUCUGAAGUCUGUCUCCACACAGUAGACAUUCUGUGCAUCUACAAGAUCCCACAGAAAUACGUUCUGAAAUUCUGGAUGCUCAAUAAAGCCAAUAAAGACCAGAAUUUUAGAACAUAUUUAGAGUAUAUUCAUCUGUGGAAGGAGCCCCUCUGGAAAAUUUCCAACCAGAUGAUGUUUUCAGUGAUACUGAAAUUAGUGCUGGUGCCACUGACAAUCUCUAAGUUUCCUCUUUUUAAAUGCCCCAUGAGAAAGCCUCUUGCUAUCCUACACAAAUACUACAAAUCAGGGGACCUCAUCCUUGCUGGCAUUAUGUCCCAGAUCUUUAUAGAUACCAGUCCAGUGACAUUUCAAAAAUAUCCCUCUGAGGAACUGUCUGAUGAACUUAUCCAUUUCAUUGCAGGAUGGACCUAUCUUGCUUCACUGGAACUUCUCUCCACACAUGGCAGAUUCAUUCCCAAUUACAAGUGUGAUGCCCAGAACUAUCCAGUAGCAGUCAUAGCAGGACCGAACUCUGACAUUUCUCUCUUUGCAGCAGCUAUUCUGUGCAUCUAUAAGAUUCCCCAGAUCUCAUAUGGGUCUGCACCAAAGAUGGACAACAAAACACAAUCUGUUUUCUUUCACCAUAUGUUUCCAAAUCAGGCCCACCAAAAUACAGGAAUCCUUCAUUUAUUGCUGUACUUCAGCUGGACAUGGAUUGGAGUGAUUUCUAUGGGUGAUAAGACUGGAGAACAGUUUGUACGGGAUAUAGUUCUUAUGCUAUCCCAGAAUGGCAUCUGCUUGGACUUCAUAGUAACAAUGCCUCCAAUAGUGUAUUUCAAUAAAAUUGCUGAAAUAAUAUCAGAGGCAGUUAAAACAUAUAUAUUUGUUAUGGGAAGCACCGCCAAGGUUUUGGUCCUACAUGGUGAAAUUCACACCAUGAUUGUUAUAAGAGUUUUCAUCAAGCUCCGAGAACUUGUGGAUACAACAGUUAAGGCAACAGGUAAAAUGUGGAUUUUGACAGCUCAGAUAGACUUCACCUCACUACCCUUUCAAAGAGAUUGGGACAUUGGUUUUGUCCAUGGUGCUCUAUCCUUUGCAGUUCAUUCAGUGGAACUCUCAGGAUUCCAGAAAUUUCUUCAGAGGAAAAAUCUUAUCUCUGAAAAAGGAGAUGGCUUCAUCAGGCCCUUCUGGCAACAGGUAUUUCUGUGUUCAUUCUCAACCUCCAUAGAAGACAAGAAGAAUGGAGAAAUGUGCACUGGAGAGGAGAAGGUGGAGGCUCUUCCCAGAUCUGUUUUUGAAACAAUCACAACUGCCCACAGCUACAGCAUCUAUAAUGGAAUUUAUGCUGUGGCGCAUGCUUUGCAAGGCAUGCAGUCCUCCAGAUUCAAAUAUAGAGCAACAGAACAUGGUGGGCGAUUGAAUCAUCUGGAUCAAGAUUGGUGGCAGCUUCACCACUUUCUGAGAAGUGUUUCCUUCAACAACAGUGCUGGGGAAAGGAUUUCCUUUGACCAAAACGGGGAACUAGCAACUGAAUUUGACAUUGUCAACUGGGUCACAUUCCCAAACCAGUCCUUUCUUAGAGUCAAAGUCGGAAAGACUGACUCAGAAGCUCUCCCAGACAAAAUGAUUACCAUUCAUGACAAAGCCAUUGUAUGGCCCGCUGCAUUCAACCAGGUGCAGCCCCUUUCUGUUUGUAAUGAGCACUGCCAUUCUGGAUACAGAAAGAGAAGGAAAGAAGGGAAGCCUUUUUGCUGCUAUGAUUGUCUUCCAUGUCCAACAGGGAAGAUUUCAAAUGAGAAAGACAUGAAUGAAUGUAUUCAGUGUCCUGAAGAUCAGUAUCUGAACAAAAACCAGAAUUUAUGCCUGCCAAAAAUUAUAAGCUUCUUGUCUUAUGAGGAAUCUCUGGGGAUCGGCUUGGCCAGUUCUGCACUUUUCUUCUCUUUCAGCACAGCUUUGGUGCUUGGGAUCUUCAUCAAGCACCGGGACACUCCCUUGGUCAAAGCCAACAACUGGGACCUCACCUACACUCUCCUCAUCUUCCUCCUGCUCUCCUUCCUUUCUGCUUUGCUGUUCAUUGGGGAACCUAAUAAGGUGACCUGUCUCCUUCGACAGACAGCUUUUGGGAUCAUCUUCUCGGUGGUUGUUUCCUGUGUAUUGGCCAAAACUCUUACUGUGGAUCUGGCUUUCAUGGCUACUAAGCCAGGAUCCAGAAUGAGGAGAUGGGUAGGGAAAAAGUUGUUCAGUUCCAUUGUCGCUUCAUGUUCCCUUUUCCAAGUUAUCCUUUGUAUUGUGUGGCUGGCAACAUCUCCUCCAUUCCCAGAUUUUGACAUUCACUCAAUGGCUGAGAAAAUUGUGCUGGAAUGUAACGAAGGUUCAGUCAUCAUGUUUUACUGUGUCCUGAGCUUUCUAGGUUUUCUUGCUAUCAUCAGCUUCACUGUGGCUUUUUUAGCCAGGAAGUUGCCUGACGCUUUCAAUGAGGCCAAAUUCAUCACCUUCAGCAUGUUGGUCUUCUGCAGUGUUUGGGUGUCCUUUGUUCCAACCUCCUUGAGCACCAAGGGAAAAUCUGUGGUGGCUGUGGAGAUCUUCUCCAUCUUAAUGUCCAGUGCUGGGCUACUGGUAUGCAUCUUUUCCCCAAAAUGUUACAUCAUUUUGCUAAGACCUGAGCUGAAUGAAAGAGGACACCUAAUAAAAAACAAAUAA